AUGAGCAGUUCAGAAGAUCGUUAUCCAAAUGAAGAUGAAGUUACUUUAACGCCUGCAGAUGUAUCAAAUCCAUUAAGUCAUCAUGGUGGAUUAAAUAUUAAUUAUUUAGAAGAUAUUAAUGAAGAAGAAGAAGAAGAAGAAGAAGAAGAAUCACCCAGAUCACCAAGUCCAAAACAAAUUCAAACAAAAAAGAAUAAAUAUCAACACUUUGGACUUACUGUUGCUGGAGAUAAUGGAAAAGGACCGAAAUUAAAUCGACUCGAUAAUCCUCAUGGGAUGUUUAUUGAUAAUGAUAAAUCAAUUUAUAUUGCUGACACUUACAAUCAUCGUAUUGUUAAAUGGAAACUGAAUUCAAAUGAAGGUAAAAUCAUUGCAGGUAGAAAUAGGAAAGGAAAUCAAAAUAACCAAUUGAGUUGUCCAACAAAUAUAAUUUUUGAUAAACAAAAUAAUUCGUUUAUUAUUUCUGAUUCUGGAAACAGACGAGUAGUUCGGUAUUUUGACCAAAAUCAAACUAAUCCAGAAAUUAUUAUUUCAAAUAUUGAUUGUUAUGGGCUGACAAUCGAUAAAAAUGGAUUUAUUUAUGUUUCUGAUUGGAAGAAUCAUGAAGUAAGACGAUGGAAACAAGGAGAUGAAGAAGGUGAAUUAGUUGCAGGUGGAAAUGGUGAAGGAAAUCAUCUUAAUCAACUAAAUAAUCCUACUUAUAUGUUCAUUGAUGAAGAUUAUUCUCUUUAUAUAUCAGAUUGUUAUAAUCAUCGUGUAAUGAAAUGGAAAAAAGAUGCAAAAGAAGGAAUUGUUGUUGCUGGUGGAAAUGGUGAUGGAAAUAGUCUCAAACAAUUAGAUCACCCUCGUGGAGUAAUUGUUGAUCAUUUGGGUCAGAUCUAUGUGGCAGAUGGAAAGAAUAAUCGAGUAAUGCGUUGGAGUGCAGGAGAUGAAGAAGGUGAAAUUGUUGUUUGUGGAAGUAGUUAUAGAUUUCACACAGAUCAAUUGAACUGGCUCGAAGGUUUAUCAUUUGAUAAUGAAGAGAAUCUUCAUGUUGCUGAGCGUAAUAAUCAUCGAAUUCAAAAAUAUGACAAAAUUUUAAAUUAA